GAAUUUUUCCAGUCGAGCUUCCCAUAAAGUCCCGAGCAGAGAACACUGUCUCUCCUAAACUCUUUCAUCUUCUGAACCAUUCAUUCCACUUGGCCUUUUUGCAUUUCCUUUCUUUCUGCAAAAACCUCUCCACUCAAUUCAGAUAUUCAGAGCACUGCUUUGAACCGUCGCAAAGAUGACGAGCAAAGAAGACAUCCGCAUCAUGGGCAUGCCGCCCUUCGUGGUCGACUUUUUGAUGGGUGGUGUUUCCGCCGCCGUCUCGAAGACCGCCGCUGCUCCCAUCGAGCGUGUGAAGCUUCUGGUCCAGAACCAGGAGGAGAUGAUCCGCGCCGGCCGUCUUGACCGCCGUUACGAUGGUAUCGUCGACUGUUUCAAGCGCACCAGCCAGGCUGAGGGUGUCAUGUCGCUGUGGCGUGGAAACACUGCCAACGUCAUCCGUUACUUCCCCACCCAGGCCCUGAACUUCGCUUUCCGUGACAAGUUCAAGGCCAUGUUCGGCUACAAGAAGGACAAGGACGGCUACGCCAAGUGGAUGGCUGGUAACCUGGCCUCCGGUGGUGCCGCUGGUGCCACUUCGCUCCUCUUCGUCUACUCCCUCGACUACGCCCGUACCCGUCUGGCCAACGACGCCAAGUCGGCCAAGGGUGGCGGUGACCGUCAGUUCAACGGUCUCGUCGACGUCUACCGCAAGACUCUCGCCUCUGACGGUAUUGCCGGUCUGUACCGUGGUUUCGGUCCUUCCGUCGCCGGUAUCGUCGUCUACCGUGGUCUGUACUUCGGCAUGUACGACUCCAUCAAGCCUGUCCUCCUGACUGGCUCGCUUGAGACCAACUUCUUCGCCUCGUUCGCCCUCGGUUGGUGCGUCACCACCGGUGCCGGUAUCGCCUCUUACCCCCUUGACACUGUCCGUCGUCGUAUGAUGAUGACCUCUGGUGAGGCCGUCAAGUACAGCAGCUCUUUCGACGCCUUCAAGCAGAUCGUCGCCAAGGAGGGUGUCAAGUCGCUCUUCCGUGGUGCCGGUGCCAACAUUCUCCGCGGUGUCGCCGGUGCUGGUGUGCUGUCGAUCUACGACCAGCUCCAGCUCAUCAUGUUCGGCAAGGCCUUCAAGGGUGGAUCGGGCUAAAUGCCUUACCCUUUGGUCUGGCUGUGGAGAGGAGUGCAUGUUGGCUCAAUAAUACUCCCGCUGUAGUGGGUGUGGCCGAGCCAACACAGGGGGUGUGUGGUGGAGAGAAAGUGAGCUGGGAGGUUCCGUGACGUGCUGACACCGACUCGGAGAUUGAGAAGCAAUCUCUUGCCAUGACAGCUGGGGAGCUUCGCGGCGUAAAAAGUUAGCGGGGCUUUUGGCAUUUACCCCGUGCCCGGCCGACUUCUAUCGACCGUUGUAAUUUAUUAAAUUUUGAGCAAUUCCCUUGUUGUACUUUGCAACUUCUUCUCCUACCAGCUUUCUUGGGUUGUAUGCGGCUUGAUAGAUCUCUUUAGGUGACAGUUCAGAUCAU